AUGGUCGCACCCCUAUCUACAAACAAUCCAAAGUCCCCCACUCCAGAUGUCCCCAGCAUUUCACCAUACAUGCAGAGACUCCUGGACAUCGAGACCCGCGCUAAGCUUGCCAUCAUGGGCUGGAACGCCGGUGGCGUAGAGUCAAUGUUGCCUGCGAAGCGCAAGGCUUCGGGUUCGCUGUCGGACAGUGAUGAGGAAGACAGCGACGACGAUCAAGAUUCUGAAGACGUAGCACCAUACGACCCAGCCCAGCAGCGCCGGCCCAGACUACCAAUGUACCACCCAGGCUUCAAACAAGCCGAGGGAGACGUUCAAGAUCUCUUGCGUGUCUUCAUAGAUUUCUUAAAGGCAGCCAACAAUCUCGGUGUUGCUAGAGAAGAGGCAAACUAUCUCUGGAACCAGAUCAUAAAGGACCGCGACAUUCUCUACCAAGACGAGAUCCGCAUCGCCGUGACUGGAGACACUGGUACCGGAAAGUCCGCCACAACAAACGCUCUUCUUGGUGAAGAUCUGACACCAGAAGGUGACAGCGGCGCGGCGUGUACGAAUGUCGUUACGGAAUUUCGCCAAAAGACCCUAUCAACCAACAUCGGCGCGGUACAAGCGGAAGUCCAGUUCUACUGCCUCGAGUACUGCACUGAUGAUCUAGUCACGAACUGGUUCAAGGUUUGGUUCAACACUAGGCAGAAGCUCAUGCAGGACGAAGACAGUGUCGACGACGAGGACCGCGCACGUAAAGACGCCGCAUUAGAGUGCCUGGAACAUCUCUUCGCCUCCCGCGUUGCUCCGGAAUCUCUCGAGGACUUUAUGUCAUCAGGCAAGACUCUUAAGGACAACCCAGCAUUGAAGAAGCUGUUGAAGUGGACUAUGGAUAUCCACGGCCAGUUCGUACCGGAUGGAGAGCUCUCCGUGCCCUUCAAGUCUAGUACGCAUAAUGAUAUGCGCGAACAGCUUCGUCCGUUUCGGAUGCGAGCUCCCAACGCACGUUACCAAGGCAAAGUACUCCCAUUCAGUCCGUGGCCAUUCGUCGAGAUCAUACGGUAUUACGUCGAUAGUCCCCUACUACAGGAUGGCAUUUGCUUGGCCGAUGUUCCAGGAACAAAGGACGUCAACAUGUACCGUGUCACUGCUGCAACCGCCUAUCUGCAGCAAUGUGAGAUGACCAUUGUCGUCGUUGACAUCAAGCGUGCAACAAGUGAUCAAUCAUUUCGGCAACAUUACCUCGAUGCGCACAGUCGAAGGCACCAUGGUAGCGUCAUUCUUGUCGCGACGAGAGCCGAUGAACUGAAUGACGACGGCGGAAGUACGCUCCAGCUAGACAUUAUAGCAGAAGAACAACUGGUGCCCAUUGAAGAUGAGUUGGCCGACCUCGAGAACAAACUGCAAGCCAUAGACAACGAACUAGAAUCCAACAAGCUUGAAAUGAAGCGAUUGAGGCAGAAGAUUCAGCAGAACACUGCCACUGAAGAUGGGCUUCGCCAGCUUGAGAGCCUCAAGGCAGCAAACAAGGCUUUGGCCAGCCGCAAGAAAGGAAAGGACAUGAUGCCGCGCAUACCUAUCCUAGAGAAAGAGCGCAAAGAUGCACGCAUUGCAUGCCGUAACCGAUUCGUCGCCGCUGGUAUGAAUCGUAUGUACAGCCAAAACACCGGCGACGAUGCUGGCGCUGCAGCGUUCUGCGUCUCCAAUCGUAUGUACAUGCGACAUCGCCGCGGUUACAACACAAAAAACCUGGAGAAGAUGCCUACGAUGAAGCUCGACGAGACCCAGAUCCCAGCCGCAUGUACCUAUAUUGCAGGCAUUCCUUCGCAAGGAAGGACCGCAGUCUUGGAGCAUUUCAUCCACUUCAAAGUCCCGAUGCUGUUGAGCAUCGUUCAGAUGAGCUGCAGUAAGACCACCGAGGCUCGCAUUGAGCACAAUCUUGAGUCUCGCGUGCGAGCUGUUGCAACAAAGUGCAACAAGACUUUUGUGAAGGAGCUUGUAGCGGCGCUCUCAAACCAUGAGUUGCAAGACAGGUUCGACAAGGUCGCUGAGAAGAAGCUCGAUGAGCUACUCAAAAUAAACGCAGCAUCACAUAAGGCCUUGGUGAACAAGAGAGGCACUUAUCAUCAGAAGAAGCUCGGCAUCAAGCACGAUGUGAACGCCGCGCUACUUGCACCCACAAAGCAAGCCGUCCUCGACGCAUUCCGGGAUCUACUGGAUGCAGCACCCGCAAGCUUCAAAGCCCAGACUGCCCAGACUAUCAAAGCCGGCAUCAACGAUUUGAACAAGCAACUCAAAGACGAUCCUCAGGCUUUGGCUGGUGACGCAUAUCAGGUCUGCUUCGGCAACAACCUCGUCGGCUACGAAAAGGACAUCACUCUGAAGGUUGACAAUUCCAUGAAAGACCUCCGCACGGGUCUCAUCGCCAUCUAUCAGAAGGCCGUCAAGCCGGGAGACAAGUGCUACCUGUCCUUAGCCAUGGAGCCUAUCUACGAAAAAGCGCUCGAGCAGAGGCCCGGUAAAGGUCAGAAGCUUCGCGACGUCCGCCACGCGUACCUCGAAGAGAAGAUCAUCGGUCUCAACGGCCCCUUCUCCGCCAUCGCCGACGAAGUCGAAAAGGACGUCAAAGCCCUCAUCAAGAACACCUGCGACAAGCUGCGCAAAGAAGUCGUCGAGAUCCUCAAGACGAUUCGCGCUGCCUUCCAGCGCCAGAAGAACAGGAAGGAACAUGACACGCCCGAGGGACGCCAGUUUCGCCAGGAGCUGCAUGAGUUGGUGGCUGAGGCGCGCAGGGUUCUCAAGAGCGUUGUGAGUAAGAGUUUGGAGAAGUGCAAGGAGCAUAAGUGA